AAUAAAAAUUAAAAAGAAGCUCGAUUUUCACCUACCUUCUCUCUCUCAGAUUCUUGAAAUUAGGGUUUUCUCCUCCAGAUCUUAAUCUCGGAGAUAUCCCCAUACCCUUCUCUUUCUCUCCCAUGAUUUAGGGUUUUUGCUUCGCCCUUUCCUUUUUCCCACACACCGUUUUUUCUGAAAACUAUAGGGCUAAGAGCCCCAGAAUCUGAGAUCGAUUUGGCGGCAGCGAUUACACCGAUUGCGAUUCAGCCAUGGCGGAGCACUUAGCGUCGAUCUACGGUACCGAGAAGGACCGAGUGAACUGUCCGUUCUACUUCAAAAUCGGAGCUUGUCGUCACGGCGACAGGUGCUCGCGUCUCCACAAUCGACCGACCAUCUCUCCGACGCUCCUCCUCUCCAACAUGUACCAGCGACCGGACAUGAUCACACCAGGCGUUGACGCUCAGGGACAGCCUCUUGACCCGCGUAAGAUCCAGGAACACUUCGAGGAUUUCUACGAGGACAUCUUCGAGGAACUCAACAAGUUCGGCGAGAUCGAGAGUCUCAAUGUAUGUGACAACCUCGCUGACCACAUGAUUGGCAAUGUUUAUGUCCAGUUCAAGGAAGAGGAUCAAGCUGCUGCGGCGGUUCAGGCUCUGCAGGGGAGAUUCUACUCCGGUCGACCCAUUAUUGCCGAUUUUUCUCCGGUUACUGAUUUCCGUGAAGCUACUUGUCGGCAGUACGAGGAGAACAACUGUAACCGUGGUGGGUACUGUAAUUUCAUGCACGUGAAGCUUGUUUCGAGGGAGCUAAGGAGAAAACUCUUUGGGAGGUACCGGCGAUCGUACCGGAGGGGAAGCAGGAGCCGGAGCAGGAGUAUAAGCCCUCGGGGCAGGAGAGAUCACGAGAGGCGUGAUCGCAAUAAGGACUAUCAGGACCGAGACCGUGAUCGAGAGUUCUACCGACACGGAAAUGGGAAAAGGAGCAGCGACAGGUCCGAUAGGCCGGAGAGGGAUGGCGGAAGGAGGAGACAUGGAAGCCCGAGGCGAAGCAGGAGCCCCGUGAGAGAAGGAAGCGAGGAAAGGAGAGCAAGAAUUGAGCAAUGGAACCGAGAACGGGAGGAGAAACAAGAUGGAGGAGCUUAAGGGUAUGACUGGGUUGGGUUCUUGUUUUGAUUUUUCCAGAUGUCGGUAAUCUCGAUCCCAUGAUUGGUGUUCUUCUGUGGAACUUAAUGAGUGAAAACAACUCCUAGAUGAUAAUGUGAGCGUUUCUUGUAGUUUUUAUUUAGACUAUUUCAUGUGGAAAAUGGUUUAUUAGUGCUUCUAGUCAAUGUCUGAACCAGAAGUUUCCAUGUUAUGUCAGACUUGAUAUUGUUCUACAUCAGUGUCCUCUUUCCGAUUCA